AUGCUGGUGGCUGUGUGGGAGGUACUUGUGCUCUUCAAGACCUCCUUGCGGGCCGGGUUGAUGGUGGUGGCUGUGUGGGGGGAUCCGGCUUCGUCGUACAGGCCUCAGAUUGUGUCCAAUAAGAAACUUCACAGACCGUUGAUCUUAGCCAAUGGGAAGCCAGCUGGCAAAGGGUCUAUUACGAUAACAGCUCAGGAGCUGUCUGACAACAGAAUCAUCACUUUGACCCUGAGUGGGCGUAAACUGGAUAAGAAGGACUUCUUUGGGAAGUCAGACCCCUACCUGGAGUUUCACAAACAGGGAGAAGACGGCACAUGGAUGCUGGUGCACAGGACAGAGGUUAUAAAGAACACUUUAGAUCCAUCAUGGAAACCCUUUACUGUGCCACUCAUUUCUCUCUGCAAUGGAGAUGUGGACAGAAACAUCAAGGUCCUGUGUUACGACUAUGAUAAUGACGGAGGCCACGACUUCAUAGGAGAGUUUCAAACCACGGCUGCCAAGAUGAGCGAAGCCCAGAACUCAGUAGAGGUGGAGUUUGACUGCAUCAACCCCAAGAAACAGAAGAAGAAAAAGAAUUAUAAAAACUCAGGCUUUAUCAUUGUCAAGUCAUGUAAGAUAACAAGAGACUACACUUUCCUGGAUUAUAUUUUGGGAGGAUGCCAGCUCAUGUUUACGGUUGGAAUAGACUUUACAGCAUCUAAUGGGAACCCUCGAGAGCCGUCCUCCCUCCACUACAUUAACCCACUUGGCAGCAACGAGUAUCUCGCUGCCAUUUUAGCUGUGGGACAAAUUAUACAGGACUAUGAUACCGACAAAAUGUUUCCUGCUUUGGGAUUUGGAGCCCAACUCGCACCAGACUGGAAGGUGUCACAUGAAUUUGCCAUCAACUUUGACCCUACAAACCCCUUCUGUUCAGGUGUGGAAGGUAUUGCACAGGCUUACUCUGCCUGUCUUCCUCACAUUCGCUUUUACGGCCCAACCAACUUUGCUCCAAUCAUCAACCAUGUGGCCCGUUUUGCUGCCCAGGCACUUCAACAAGAAAAAGCAGCG